CACACACACACACACGCUCUGGUUAUUAAAAAUUCGUUUACUUUUUAAAAAACCGGCUCAGCGAGUGAGGUGAAGCGGUAACGUCCCGAACCAACGUCUGAAGUGUGUAUUGGGCCAUUCUCUCUUCCGAAGGCAGACAGGGGAGAUAGAAACUAAAGUAGUUUUAUCACAUUAUUUUCACGUAACUGGAUUAUCUGUCAAGACAAUCAGAACAAAAAAACUUGGAUUUAAUUAACAGAAACUGUUCAAUAGACUAGAAGAACAAUGACAGGACUCGUCAAAGCCAAGAAAUAUGAUUGGAAAGAUUCCAACAUGGCUCUGUUUGGCUCAGAGACAGAGAAAAAUGUCAAAAAGGAGUCAGCGCAGACGGAACCUGCCUGGAAGAAUGCUGGGAAAGAAAUCGGUGUUCAAGUCUGGCGAAUUGUGAAAUUCAAAGUUCAGCCUUGGCCAAAAGAUGACUAUGGGAAGUUUUAUGAAGGGGACUCUUACAUUGUUUUAAAUACCUACAAGGAACAAGAUGGCGACCAGCUCCUUUACGACAUUCACUUUUGGAUAGGCCGCUACAGUACGCAGGACGAGUACGGCACAGCUGCCUACAAGACGGUUGAGCUGGACACUCUCCUGAAUGACGUUCCCGUCCAGCACAGGGAAGUUCAGGGUCAUGAGUCUGAACUCUUCAAAUCUUAUUUCAAGAGCAUUUCCAUCCUGAAAGGUGGUGCAGAUACUGGCUUUAGACACGUUAAACCAGAAGAAUACAAACCUAGAUUGUUGCAGAUCACUGGAACCAAAGUAUCGGUCACAGUGACGGAGGUUCCCAUGAAGAGAGAGCGCGUGACUUCCAAUGAUGUGUUCAUUCUAGACAAAGGUCUUGAAAUCUUCCAGUGGAACGGAAAAUCUUGUAACAAAGAUGAAAAAUAUAAGGCUGUGCAAGUCCUCCAACAGAUUAAAUCUGAAAGGGGAGGCAAACCAAAUGUUGAAACUUUCGAUGAAGAUGACAAUGGAGCUGGCUUCUUUGACCACUUUACUGAUGAUGAUGAUGAUGACGAUGAUGAUUCUGAAUUUGAAGACGACAGCAAAACUCCUGAAUUAUAUAGACUCAGUGAUGCUUCUGGUGAAAUGGAAUUUGAAAAAUUGAAAGAGGGAAGAAUUUUUAAAAAUGAUUUCAACAGUAAGGAUGUUUUUAUCUUUGACAACAAAAAGGAAUGUUUUGUUUGGAUUGGAAAAGGAGCUUCAAAGGCAGAGAAACAAAAUGCUUUAUCUUAUGCACAUAAAUUCUUGCAAGUCUCAACUCAUCCACUCAUCCCAGUAACUGUUGUCUCAGAAGGUCAAGAAAACAAAAGUUUUAGAUCGGCCAUUGCUGCUUAAUCUGCAUCCAGUGUAUAUGAGACUAGUUUACUAUUUUAGUGUCAUGUUGUAUACUUUCUGUCAGCUGAUCCAGAUACUAUAGUUGUGCUUAAGAAUGGAUUGAAAGAGUACUUGUUGACAUUUGGUUGGUUUUGUUGUAGGCAUUUAUUCAGCAAAUAGCUUUACUCUUAUUUUCUGACAUUGGCAAACAGUUGACAUUCCAAUAAAUAAUAUUUGUUUUUUACUUUUAAGUCUUAACAUAUUUGUAUUUGGUUUGUAGAGAAGGACUUUCUUUUAAAUUGGUUAAAAUUGUUGAUAGCCUUUUACUUGUUAUUGAACAAAACUAUAAUAGCAACAUUAACACUGUGAUCAUUCUGUGAAUAUUUGUCUAGUUAAAGAAAGUAGUGAAUUUUUUUAAGUACAUCAUAAUUGCAAUAUAUAUAUUCUUGGAUUUUGAGGCUUUGUUUUGUUAUUAUUAUAAACGUAUCAAUUCAUAAAUGUAUGCAAAGGUCUAUACGUAUAACUAGAUAAUUCAAAAGGUUGUAAGAUUUGCAAUGUAAUUUUUUUUGUUAUGGACUUUUAGAUCUUCAUAUUACUUUAUUACAAUGUAUACACUUUAAAAUAUUUGUUUUUAGAAAUUAGUAAUAGUAAACUUUUGUUAAAAUUUUUUCCAUCUGAAAGUAUUCAUUGAUGAAGUUUGUAUUACUUAUGAAAGUUUUUUCUAGAUCUAAUAAUCUAAGAUCUGUCUCAAUUUUAAAUUAUUACUAUUUCUUAUUUAUAUAAAUUUGAAAAGUCCUUUAAACUUUGUAUAUGUUAUACAAAUAUUAACUAAUAUAUAGCUUUUUAUAUCAAAUUGUGAUAAACAAAAUAAAUAGCAUAAACAGGA